AGACUCUUUAGCUCCCUGCCUCUAAGCUCAAGGAUGCAGUCCACAGAUGCUGGGAGUCUCUCGGUCAUUGUCGCCUGCCCGGCAAUGCGGCGAUGUGAAUGGAGCAGGAGGCUGAACCCCAGUUGACCUCGAAGGGCUGGCUGUCUUCUCUGGACUCCCCUGCAGGUUCCGGUCCCCAGCGCGCAGCUUUCUGGUGACAAGCGCUGGGCCCCGGGGCCGCUGCGGCCCAGGCCUCCCGGAGGAGGAGCCAAAUCGCAGGCCGCCGGUGCGUGAGGCAGCGAGGCCAGGCGGACGGAGGCCACGUCUCUCGUUCCCGGUUAGGUGCCGCUUCUUCUCGACCCUGAGAGGCCUGGGCGGCGGCACGAUGGCAGAAAUGCUCCUGUUCUGGAAAGCGGAGUAGGAUAUCGCCGGCUCGGGGCCAUCGAGCAGCGGUCGGCCAGCUCUGGCCAGCGGCCUCCUGUGGAAACCCCCGGCGCCAUCGGCCAACGCGCUCUCCCCGGGUCUUUGGCAGCUGGGAGCCGGGUCGAGACCGAGUCUGGCCAGCCGGAGAGGCCGAAUCUCAGCUCUCGUCGCCAGAGAGCUUUUAGUGGCCCACGGAGAAAGCUGUCCCCCUUGAUGAAUUCCCCAGUGAGAUCAGAGAAAGUCUGGGGCUUUGCUUCAACAGAAUGCUUCUCGGGGUCUCUGUUCGCGGCCACUGCGGAGAGAGGAAGUGCAGAGGCCCCUCGGACCCCAGCAAUGUGGGGUUCCCCUCUCCGGGCACGAAGUCUGUGCCUCCGGGGGUCAGACAGAGACACGGCACAGGUCUCCUUAAUGUUGGAGAAAAGAGGUUUUGAGCACGAUUUCCGCCCCCCCCCCCCCCCACCGCCAAGUGGAAUUGUUUUCACGCCCAUCCAGAAAGCGAUUCUGCUUUGUUUCUUUGGUCUUUGAAAUGAACUAUGAUGCGAUCAGAAGACCUCAGAGCUACACCUGGACGCAAACUUCCAUUCUGCCCACGGGAAGUCUGAGGCCACCGAAGGAGAUGCUUUCCUGAGGGGCCCCUGGCAGUGGGCCAGAAGGGGUACCCGCACCCAGACUGCCUCCCAUACCCGUCACCACCAGCCUUGGUGCCUGUCCCCUCCCUUCACCCGGCUGAUGGCCCCAAAGUCCAGGCCCCUUCAGAGGAGCCCACGACGACCUGGGCCUUCUCAGCAACAGACGGCACGCUUCCUCUGGGUUUUCUAAACCGCUGAAGAGUUGGAACGGGGCUGUGGCCGUCCCCUGAGGGCCAUGCAGCCCUCCCGUCCCCGGGGCCCCCUCCUUUCUAGCGCAGACACUCCUCCUCUGGGACCAUGGGAAAGGCGCCAUUCCCAGAUGCCGAGAUGCGUCCCUCCAGCAGCCGGCCGAGGCACUAGAAUGAGCCCGUUGUUCUCGAAGACCAGGCCUGGGCCGGGCCGGGAGAAAACCGCAGGCAUUGAAUCUCAGAGUAUCGGUUUCUCCUCCCCCCACCUCAGCUCCCCGCACGCCUGCGAGGGACGGCCAGGCAGAGGGCAGGGGGCUCCGCCUCGGACCCUCCUGCCUGCCCGACUCCCCGAGCUCCCCCAAAGCGCUUUACCUGGAGCCCACAGGCCAGGGUGGGUCAGACUUGUCCCUGAGCGAGUUCAAGGGGAGGAGCCUGUGUUGGGUGAGCGAGAUUCGGGCCCCUCCGUCAGUGAGUGCCUGGGCACAGCCUCCGUCUCGCUCAGGACAGGACCUGGGGCCCCGGGCAGGGAAGCCGGCGCUGGUCGCCCCCCAGGCCCAGUGUGAGCCCUCGGUGUGGGCCGCAUGGGGCCUGAGGACAAGCAAGCAUCUUCUAACAGGUGCAUUCUAGUCUGCAGGGGGAAUCUGGCAUCUUCUUUUUAAAGUUCCUGUCUUGAGGCUUUUCUAGACAGAGUCCCAUAUUCGCCGUCCGUAUGAGUAAAAAGGAAAAAAAUGAAGCAGCUUUAAUGAAACGGAAGUUUAACGACAUAGAAAUUUAAUUCUCUCUCCCAUAAAAAUAAACCCAUGGUCUAGGGCUGUCGAGGCCUCCACAGGGGCAGGGCCUAGAUGUUCCUCUGGAUUUGCUUUGUCACCUUCCGCAUGGCUGGCACUAUGUAGCCAGAAGGUCCAGCCAUCAUAUCCACCUUCCAGUUAGCAGGAAGGAAGGAGGGAGGCGGGAGGAAGGUCCUCUUAUCUUCCCUCAAGGGCAUUUCCUGGAAUUCGCAUACCGCACUGGGGCUGUGUUGGCCAUAACUCCAUUCCAAGGCCACGACUAAAUGUAAGAGAGUCUGGAAGAGGUAGCCUUUAGACUAGCUGGCCAUACGCCCAGGUCAAAGUCAGGGGUUUGUUUACCAGGUAAGGAGGGAACCGCCAGGGGACGAUUGUCUCUGUCUGCCUCACCUUCCUUCGGGCAGGUACCAUACAGAGGGUUUAUAACGCACAGGCAUCAUAGUCAGGGUUUCAAUAUCACCAAGACUUGCUUUAGAAGCACGGACUGAUAAAAAAAAAGGAGUGAAGCUUAGAAAUCGGCCAGCCCACACCCUCAUUUUCCAGGUUAGGAAUCUGAGGCCCAGAGAGGUCAAUCAAAAACACUGAGAUCGCACAGCACGUUCACGGCAUCUGAUUCCCAGCUCACAUUCCGUGGUGGUGGGGGUGGGGGGUAUUUUUUGUUUUCUCUGCUUCUGAACUUAAGAAAAAAAAGCUUCAUUCUGGAGGAGAGGGAGCUCGAGCUCCGAGGAUGAAAUUCCAUCCAUCACCGGGUCUCUGAGCUGCAGGACACGGGCGGGACAGUGACAGGGCUCGCGUGCCCUGGUCUGCCCGGCCCCGAGUCGGGGCGGCUGAGGCCUGUGCGCUGGCUGGGGCGCUGUGCUGUGUGUGCAGGUGGCCCCGUGUGUGUGUGUGUGUGUGUGUGUGUGUGUGUGUGUGUGUGUGUGCGCAUCUGCCGCCUCUCUGACUCCGGCCCGCCCAGCUCCCGGGUCUCACUCGCUCGCUUCAGUUUCAGGGAGCGCGCGGCCAGGAUGGGAGCCGCCAGCGGGCAGGACGGCACCUUCCAGGCGAUGCUGACACUCAGCUGGCUCACCCUGGCCGCGUCCGCAGCAGUGGCGGCCGAGUGCCCCGACCAGAGCCCUGAGCUGCAGCCCUGGAGCCCUGGCCACGACCCGGGCCACCGCGUGCACAUCGGCCGGGGCAGGACACUGCUGCUCAUGUCUUCUGCCACGGUGAACUCCAUCCACGUCUCAGAGGGAGGAAAGCUGGUCAUUAAGGACCAAGACGAGGCGAUCGUCCUGCGUACCCGGCACAUCCUGGUUGACAACGGAGGGGAGCUGCACGCGGGGAGCGCCCUCUGCCCUUACCAGGGCAACUUCAGCAUCAUUCUGUACGGCAGGGCCGACGAAGGCAUCCAGCCGGACCCCUACUUUGGCCUCAAGUACAUCGGGGUCGGCAGAGGAGGCGUCCUUGAGCUACACGGACAGAAGAAGCUCUCCUGGACGUUUCUGAACAAGACCCUUCACCCAGGCGGCAUGCAGGAGGGGGGCUACUUUUUCGAAAGGAGCUGGGGUCACCGUGGAGUCAUUGUGCAUAUCAUCGACCCCAAAUCGGCGACUGUCAUCCACUCCGACCGGUUUGACACCUACAGAUCCAAGAAGGAGAGUGAACGCCUGGUCCAGUACUUGAACGCGGUGCCCGCGGGCCGGAUCCUUUCGGUGGCAGUGAACGACGAGGGGUCCCGGAACCUGGAUGAUGCGGCCAGGAAGGCCAUGACGAAGCUGGGCAGCAAACACUUCCUACACCUUGGAUUCAGACACCCUUGGAGUUUCCUAACUGUGAAAGGAAAUCCCUCUUCUUCCGUCGAAGACCACAUUGAAUAUCACGGGCACCGCGGCUCCGCUGCUGCCCGGGUGUUCAAAGUAUUCCGGACGGAGCACGGCGAGCAUUUCAACGUUUCUUCAUCCAGCGAGUGGGUUCAAGACGUGGAAUGGACGGGGUGGUUCGACCACGACAAAGCGCCGCAGACUAAAGGCGGGGAGAAAAUUUCAGACCUCCGGGCGGCUCACCCGGGAAAAAUCUGCAACCGCCCCAUCGAUAUACAGGCCACUACGCUGGACGGCGCUAACCUCACCGCCGAGGUUGUCCACAAAAAAGGCCAGGAUUACAGGUUUGCGUGCUACGACCGGGGCCGCCCCUGCCACGGCUACCGCGUGCGGUUCCUCUGCGGGAAGCCUGUGAGACCCAGACUCACCGUCACCAUCGACACCAACGUGAACAGCACCGUCCUGAACCUGGAGGACGACGUGCGGUCGUGGAAGCCCGGAGACACGCUGGUCGUCGCCAGCACCGAUUACUCCAUGUACCAGGCAGAAGAGUUCCAGGUGCUCCCCUGCAGAGCCUGUGCCUCCAACCAGGUCAAGGUGGCAGGGAAGCCCCUGUACCUGCACAUCGGGGAGGAGAUCGACGGUGUGGACAUGCGGGCGGAGGUCGGGCUCCUGAGCCGGAACAUCGUGGUGAUGGGGGAGAUGGAGGACAGGUGUUACCCCUACAGCAACCACAUCUGCAGCUUCUUUGACUUCGAUACCUUUGGGGGCCACAUCAAGUUCGCGCUGGGCUUCAAGGCGGCCCACCUGGAGGGCGUGGAGCUGAAGCACAUGGGGCAGCAGCUGGUGGGGCAGUACCCCAUUCACUUCCACCUGGCGGGCGACGUGGACGGACGGGGAGGCUACGACCCGCCCACCUACGUCCGGGAGCUCUCCAUCCACCACACGUUCUCGCGCUGCGUCACCGUGCACGGCUCCAAUGGCCUGCUGGUCAAGGACGUGGUGGGCUAUAACUCCCUGGGCCACUGCUUCUUCACGGAGGACGGGCCGGAGGAACGCAACACCUUUGACCACUGUCUGGGCCUCCUGGUCAAGUCUGGAACCCUCCUCCCCUCCGACCGGGACAGCAAGAUGUGCAGGAUGAUCACGGAAGACUCGUACCCGGGCUACGUCCCCAAGCCCCGGCAGGACUGCAACGCAGUGUCCACCUUCUGGAUGGCCAACCCCAACAACAACCUCAUCAACUGUGCGGCCGCGGGCUCUGAGGAAACCGGAUUCUGGUUCAUUUUUCACCACGUUCCGACGGGCCCGUCGGUGGGAACGUACUCGCCAGGUUACUCCGAGCACAUCCCGCUGGGAAGGUUCCACAAUAACCGAGCACACUCCAACUACCGCGCGGGCAUGAUCAUUGACAACGGGGUCAAAACUACGGAGGCCUCUGCCAAGGACAAGCGGCCCUUCCUGUCCAUCAUCUCUGCCAGGUACAGCCCUCACCAGGAUGCCGACCCGCUGAAGCCCCGGGAGCCGGCCAUCAUCAAACACUUCACCGCCUACAAGAACCAGGACCACGGGGCCUGGCUGCGCGGCGGGGACGUGUGGCUGGACAGCUGCCGGUUCGCUGAUAAUGGCAUCGGCCUGACCCUGGCCAGCGGCGGGACCUUCCCGUAUGAUGAUGGCUCCAAGCAGGAGAUCAAGAACAGCCUGUUCGUCGGCGAGAGUGGCAACGUGGGGACGGAGAUGAUGGACAACAGGAUCUGGGGCCCCGGCGGCCUGGACCACAGCGGGAGGACCCUCCCUAUAGGCCAGAAUUUUCCAAUCCGAGGAAUUCAGUUCUAUGACGGCCCCAUCAACAUCCAGAACUGCACCUUCCGCAAGUUUGUGGCCCUGGAGGGCCGGCACACCAGUGCCCUGGCCUUCCGGCUGAACAACGCCUGGCAAAGCUGCCCCCAUAACAAUGUGACCAACAUUGCCUUUGAGGAUGUCCCGAUUACUUCCAGAGUGUUCUUCGGAGAGCCGGGGCCCUGGUUCAACCAGCUGGACAUGGAUGGGGAUAAGACGUCCGUGUUCCAUGAUGUCGAUGGCUCUGUGUCCGAGUACCCGGGGUCCUACCUCACCAAGGACGACAACUGGCUGGUCCGGCACCCGGACUGCAUCAACGUCCCCGACUGGAGAGGGGCCAUCUGCAGCGGGCGCUACGCACAGAUGUACAUUCAGGCCUACAAGACCAGCAACCUACGGAUGAAGAUCAUCAAGAACGACUUCCCCAGCCGCCCCCUCCACCUGGAGGGGGCCCUGGCCCGGAGCACCCAUUACCAGCAGUACCAGCCGGUGGUCGCCCUGCAGAAGGGCUACACCGUGCACUGGGACCAGCCGGCGCCCGCCGAGCUGGCCAUCUGGCUCAUCAACUUCAACAAGGGCGACUGGAUCCGAGUGGGGUUCUGCUACCCCCGCGGCACGUCCUUCUCCAUUCUGUCCGACGUCCACAACCGCCUGCUGAAGCAGACAUCCAAGACGGGCACCUUCGUGCGGACCCUCCAGAUGGACAAGGUGGAACAGAGCUUUACGGGCAGGGGCCACUACUACUGGGACGAGGACUCAGGGCUGUUGUUCCUGAAGCUGAGAGCCCAGAACGAGAGGGAGAGGUUCGCCUUCUGCUCCGUGAAAGGCUGCGAGCGAAUCAGGAUCAAGGCCCUGAUCCCCAAGAACGCGGGCGUCAGCGACUGCACGGCCACUGCCUACCCCAGGUUCGCCGAGAGAGCGGUGGUGGACGUGCCGAUGCCCAGGAAGCUCCGUGGUGCCCAGCUGAAGACAAAGGACCGCUUCCUGGAGGUGAAGAUGGAGAGUUCCAGGGAGCGUUUCUUUCACCUCCUGAGCGACGUGGCUUACAUUGAAGUGGAUGGGACGAGGUACCCCAGCUCCGAGGACGGCAUCCAGAUGGUGGCGAUCGACGGCAGCCGCGGGCACGUGGUGAGCCACACGAGCUUCAGCAGCACCAUGCUGCAGGGCGUCCCGUGGCAGCUGUUCAGUCACGUGACGGCCAUCCCCGACAACUCCAUCGUGCUCGUGGUGUCGAAGGGACGAUACACUUCCAGGGGCCUGUGGACCAGAGUGUUAGAAAAGCUCGGCGCAGAUAAGAACCUCAGGUUGAAAGAGAAAAUGGCGUUCGUUGGCUUCAAAGGGAGCUUCCGGCCCACCUGGGUGACUCUGGACACUGAGGACCACGGUGCCAAAAUCUUCCAAGUGGUGCCCAUCCCUGUGGUGAGGAAGAAGAAACUGUGAGGACGCCAGCCACCUCGUGUCGCUCCACAGUGGACUCGGACGGUGGACUCUUGGCCGCGGGCCAGGCGGGACGGCUGGCUCCCCCUGGGAAGGGCCGGGGGCAGCCCUGACGGGUGGGGGGGAGGGUGUCAGAGACCCUGGCGCGGCCACCCGCCCCCACUCCAGCGUCUCCCGAAGGCCCCCGGGGGGGCAGCCGACCGUGCUGGAAACCUUCCUUCCUGCAGCCUCUUGGGUGCUUCUCUCCUACCUGUGCCUCUUCAGUGGGGGGGGGGCGCGGGGGCUACGCAAGGAGACCCGAGCUGCACUGGCGGCAGGAGCCCUGACCCAGCCGUUCACAGACCCCGCGCUCUCCAGCGCGCACAGCAGGCUGGUCGAUUCGGGGGAAAGGGAGCCGUGAGCAGACACCAACCUUCAAGGGGUCAGGAGCCGGUGUGUAGAUGGAGGCGGCCAGGACGGGACCAGCUCCCCUCGGGGGACGGGCGAGCCCUGCCUCUGGAGGGUUCACCCGACCGUUCAGGAGGCCUCGGGUCCUGGAAUGGGGGGGGGGCGGGGACGAGGUGACUUUUAGAGGCCCUCUGCGUUCUGAGACCACACUGCAGGCGGAAGCCAGCGGCAGACGCGAGGGUGCCGUGUGGCUGGGCGCCCUGGGCCGUGAGGGCAGAGCUGCGGGAGGUCCGGCCUGGGGUCCGGGCUCCCAGGCUGCAGGAUGGGCGGGAUCAGAAGAAGACCGGGCCAGGAUCCCGCGUGCUCGGGUGGGUCAGGACGCGGCCUGCAGGAGGAGGAAGGGGGUGGGUACCUUGCAGGGCGGGCUCGGGCAGCCCCCCCCCCCCCCCAGUAGCUCGGAGGUGCUCCCACCUGCUGAAGCUGCUGACCACUGGGUCACCCUGUGCCUGAAGCUUGCUGGCACACCCAGCAAGGCCGCAUGAGCCGGGGCGGGGGGGCCGGGCCGGGCGGAGGUGCCCAGAGCACUGAGCACCUCCUGGCCCCAGGGCGGGCUGGACCAAGUCGAGGGAAGUGAGCUCCUACCUGGGGCCUCAUUUGUUCUUUAUCCCGAGACCUGGGAGCGUGCUCUCACCUCAGGAGCCCGAGGUUUCAGAGUCGGAGAGGACCUUAGGGUACGUCCAGUCCAAGACCCUCCUUUCACGGAGGGGGCGUGUGAGACCCCGAGAUGGGGAAGAACCACGCGGCCAGGCCAGGGCCGGGCCGAGAGGCCCCCGGCCAGCACCUGCCGCCACACCACAUUGCCUCAACAACCGGCCCCUGGCGCUCCCACCGGAGCUCCCCGAACGGGGACGAGUCCCCUGAAAAAGUCAUAAGAAUAGAGAGAAUUGGCCGAUGGCUGUUUCCCUGCAGGCCCGCUGCCCGCCCCGCAGGUUGGGGCGGCCCUGCGGCCCCCGCUUGUCCUGGUGGCCACGGCCGUCCCGCUGGUGCUACCCGAGUGCAGGUGCACAGGUGCGGCCCAGGGCACAGUAGCGGGCUUGCGUCAACGCUUUGGGUGAGCCGGCUCGGCUGCCGGGGUCGGGGGCUCACAGCUACCGCUGACCCCUGAGCUGUCUGCCUCGCGCACCCUCCGCCCUGCAGGGAGCUCAGAGAGCUCCUGAGGGAGGGGACCCCUUCUGGGGUUCACACUCUCCCGGGGGGCCCCAGGGUCACGCCGAGCUGCAUGUCCCCCUUUCCUGUGCCAACCACACACUCUUGGCACCUCUUCCUUCGAAGACGGCCUUCUCUGCCCCCUCUGCAGCCGUGGCCCUCGGGAGGGGGUCCCCUCCCCAGGCUGAGCCGACUGCCAGAGCGGUUUCCCGGAGCACGGUCCGUCCAGCUGCUGGGAGGUGAAGGUGGGACACAGCAGGGGCCGUGCUCCCGGGAGAAACCUCUUCCACGCAGAUUCCCGGUGAUGGGUGGGGAGGGGAGUCGUGACCUCAUGUCCCUGUCUGCAGUUCUGUUGAGUUUUUCAAACUCUGUCGACGCGAGGGUCUCACACUGUGAACCAGCUAGGGUGGGGUCGCUUCCGGUGGCCAGGAGUGUGGACAGUCUUUGGUUCGGUUGGUUUCAGAGAGUGUAUCUGUUUGAAAAUGCUCAGAGUUAUACACACGCCCAGCAGCUCAGGGUCCGUGCGCGCACUCUCCCUCCGACGCCAGCCAGCAAGAGCCAGGGGCCCGGCGUGCUCUUGGUGGCACACGUUUUCUCACUGCCUGGAAAAUCGCUCCCACGGUUCUGUCUGUCGGCGUCCAAAUGAGUUAGGCCCUCUGGGGCGAGCCACACUCCCCUGAAAUGCUGGUCUCUUUCCUGUUGCCGAAACGGCUGGUCCUUUUUCGGGAAUUAGAUGUUUUGUUCGUAAACAUUUCUCAUAGGUGUUGCCACGAACAAAGAUGUGUUUUCUAUUUAUUUAUUAUGUAUGCACUUGGAGAAGUCGUCGAUGGAGAAAUGGAUCGUCCUAAAUGUCACGUUCGGGGAUGUCCUUUGGACCACGUACCCGGAACCUUCUGCUGGUGGCAGAGGGCACUGGCUGUGGUUUGGAAAACCUUGUACCAUAGUAAACAUACACAGGAUCUCA